GAAUGACGUAGUGGAAGGUAAAUCAGCUGAUUCUGAGCGACGAAGUCAACCAAAAUAAUACGAAUUUAUCUGUCAGAGGACGUUUAACUCCGACUGACAGCAGACAAUAUUUUGAUUGGACUUUGUUGACAUGCUUUAUUUAGCUCGACAAUAUGGACAAAAUAUUGGAGGGUCUCAUCAGCUCGGAUCAUUCUGUUCCGGUGAAGAGGGCUAUAGUAAAGAAGGUUGUGGAAGCAGCAGAGAAGGAGGUGACAGAGGAGCAGUGUCAGGCAUUAUUUACGCUCACCACCCGCCUCACCUUGCUUGGUGAAGAUGCUUUCCAGAAGCAGAUUGGCUUUCAGGUUCUUGAAGCCUAUGCACGCUACCACCGGCCAGAAUUUGAGCACUUUUUCAAUAAAGACUUUGUCCUCAGUCUGCUCCAGCAGGGCUAUGGCCAACUGUACAACAGAGACCCAGCCAUAAUAGACUAUAUUCACUGCUGCCUACGGCUACUCAUUAGCUGCCCCUCUGUGCUGGAGACCUUCAGUGUGAUCCAGGUGGAGGUUUUGAGGAUGGUAUGUGAACGUCCUGAGCCUGCCCUCUGUGCCCGUCUGAGCACUUUGCUGUCAGACUACAUGCAGUGCAUUCCACGAGACAAGUCUGGCAUUUUGUUCUGCCAGCAGCUGGUCAGGACCAUAAGUUAUUUCCACUGCUUUGCCAGCCAAGAACGAGAACUCAGAGAGUAUGUAGGGCAGGUGACUAAAGUUAGCACAUUGCUGCAAAACAUCUGGAAAGCUGACCCAGCCAUGCUGUUGCCAUCCCUGCAGGAGGUCUUUGCCAUCAUCUCUUCAACAGACCCUUCCUACGACCCAUCAAUUGCGCUCGCCAGUCUGGUCCAACACAUCCCUGUCCAGAUGAUUACGGUGCUCAUCAAGAGUCUCACCACAGACCAGAAUGUCAAAGAUGCAAGCAUGACUAAAGCCCUCUGCAGGAUGAUUGACUGGCUGUCGUGGCCUUUGGCGCAGCAUGUUGACACGUGGGUCAUCGCUCUGUUGAAAGGAUUGGCUGCAGUUCAGAAGUUCACCAUCCUCAUUGAUGUCACUCUGCUCAAAAUUGAACUGGUAUUCAGUCGCCUGUGGUACCCCAUUGUGCGACAGGGGGCGCUGUCUGUGCUUUCUCACAUGCUGCUAAGCUUCCAGCACUCUCCUGAGGCCUUCCAUUUGGUUGUUCCACACAUAGUGCAUCUAGUUCAGUCUCUAAGGACAGAUGGUCUCCCAACCAGCAAAGCGUUCUUGCUGCAGUUCACUGAACUCAUACAUUGCAUGAUGUACCAGUACUCUGGCUUCCCAGACCUCUAUGACUAUAUAUUAGAAGCCAUCAAGGAUUUGCCAAAACCUGCAGAAGAGAAGAUAAAGUUGGUGUUGAAUCAGAGUGCCUGGACAUCUCAGUCUAACUCAUUUGCCUCUGGGCUGUUGAAGCAAGCUGUGAAGUCUGAAACAGGCAAGACAGGCCUGAUCAACUUAGGGAACACCUGCUUCAUGAACAGCAUCAUCCAGACCCUGUUUAUGGCCACAGACUUCAGGAGGCACGUUUUGUCGUUACAUCUGAAUGGCUCCAACACACUAAUGAAAAAGCUUCAGCUCCUCUUUGCGUUCCUUGCACACACACAGAGGGCAGCAUAUGCUCCCAAAAACUUCUUGGAAGCAUCUCGGCCUCCAUGGUUUAACGCAGGUUCCCAACAGGACUGCUCUGAGUACCUGAGAUUUCUUUUGGACAGGUUGCAUGAAGAGGAGAAAACACUUCAGGUCCUUGAAUCGGCUAAGCCAAAAGAUGCCUCCCCGGUUGACGUGAAUAGCAAAGAUCCAACAAUAUCAACUGUCGAGGAAAACAAGGAGUCAUAUUUGACUCAUACAGAGAGUAAAGCAGUAAACGAUGGAAGGACUUUAAUAGAAAAGAUGUUUGGUGGAAAGCUGAUCACAGGCAUCCGCUGUAUGCAAUGUAACUGCAUUUCUGAGAAAGAAGAGCCUUUUACAGACCUCUCUUUGGCCUUUUGUCCAUCUGCCUCCUCUCAUAAUAGCCCUAAAGUACAGGGGCCGGCAGAGGAACCCAAAGUUCUUUGUCAGGGGUCUGUCAAUGGUGGCAGUGAAGCCCCUGAGUCAGGCCCAGCCAGCAGUCUAGCUAGUAAUGUCCAUCAUGAGCUGAGGACAAAUGAGACUCCACUCUCUGUGCCUGAUCUUGUGAACUAUUUCUUGGCUCCAGAGAUUCUUGAUGAAGACAAUGCUUAUUUCUGUGAGAAGUGUAGCUCCCUCCAGCGGGCGGAGAGGACCAUGAAAGUGGUGUCGGCCCCUGAGUACUUGAUCCUGACCCUGCUGCGCUUCUCGUACGAUGCCAAAUGCCAUAUCCGCCGAAAGAUUCUCGACAACGUCACCAUCCCAGCCGUAUUGAGGCUUCCUGCUCAUGCUCCUUCAACGCCUUCACACUGGUCCUCUGCUACCUCUUCCCCUCUGCAAGUUGAUUCUCCCGAGAGCAGCGAAAACCUGGCCAAAAAGCUCAAACCAUCCCAAAAAGAUGAAGAAGAUGAGAAGGAAGUGAGGAUAGAUGAAGCAGAGGAGACGAAUAGAGAAGGAGAGAUGCCUGUUCAGUCGGUGCCCUAUGUGCUCAGCUCAUUGGUGAUGCACUCUGGUUUAUCGUCGGAGAGUGGCCACUAUUACACUUAUGGUCGCAACAUCAGCGGAGCAGAUGGAACACAGCAUCCAGCCAAUCACUCUCCCAUCAAAGACGAUCUGGGGACUGGCCAGGCUGAUUGUGGCCUCUGCACCUGCUCCGCUCUCCCAGCUCAACCCAAUCAAGGUGACACACCACCUAAUAGUGUUCAGGAGGCAAAGGACUGGCUGCUGUUUAAUGAUAGCAGAGUGACAUUCGCUUCUUUCCAGUCAGUUCAAAACAUUACUAACCGCUUCCCCAAGGACACGGCUUAUGUGCUCAUGUACAGGAAGCAGGAGGUACCGGGGCAAAACUUGAAUGGAGGACUCGUAAAUGGAAUGAGACUGACCGCUGAACCUCCCCUGCAAAAGGAACUGCUGGAUGCUAUUAUUAAGGACAACAAGCUGUACUUGCAGGAACAGGAGCUAAACGCUCGAACACAGGCUCUUCAGGCCUCCUCUUCCUCAUGCUCUUUCAGGCCCAACGGUUCAGAUGACAAUAACCCACCAGGGAGCUGUGGCCCAUCUGGUGGAGGCGGAGGGGGAGGAGGAUUCAAUACCAUUAGUAGACUCGUCUUCUGAAAAAAAAAAGGAAAUGCUACAGGAAACACAGAUGAACUGGUUUGGACUUAUCCUGUAUGAGGCUGGAUUAAUGCUUUGAGAAGCGUGUAACUUUGAAAAAAGAGGAGCACUGAUCUAACCUAAGAACACACACAUCCUCACAUGCUGAUUCAGUGCUUGAUUUGAUCUGUGAUAUGAAUUUCCUAUAUCUUACGAGUUUAAAAAGUUUAAACCGGGAAGUUAGCUUCCACUCUCUUUUUUUCUUGUCAGCUAAUCAAUCGAUUUUGCGUUUUUCUUGUGUGUGUCCGUGUUUGGUUUCCCUUUUGUGAUUUCACCAGUUGAAUAACUUACUGGAUCCUGCUCAUUGGUGCAAAGAUAUCAUCUUACUUCAACAGAAGAUAUCUCGGAAAAUAUGAUUUAACUUCAAGUAGUCAAGUAGAAGAUGUUUACAUGAACGAAUAUGUCAAAUUAUCUUUGUCAUGAACAUGUCCAUAUCUUUGGCUCAUCUGUGUUAAUAUUUUCCUCAAACACAGCACACAAAGCAAUGCAUCCAUAGUUCCACCUCAAAGGUAUAUUUAGCUCUAUCUCUCUUUUUUCUUUGACAAAUGAUUACUUUUGAACAUACAGUUCAUAAACCUUCGGAUUUGCAUGCAGCUUGGCUUCAUAAGCUGUGGAAAGAUUUUUCUGGAUAUUUGAAUCUCUUUAUUGAGUGCACUUUGUUGUUUUAUGCGAUAAAUCUUUACAUGACAGCAAAUGGAAUUUCUGAAUAAUAACAAAAUGCAUAGAAAUGCCAUACGGGGAUAUCAAAAGUGUGUAUGGCAGAUUUUUAAUAAAGUUAUUUUCAUUAUGUAAGACAGUGUCAGUGCUGUGCUCACAUUUUUAACUUUGGCGUGAUCCACAGGGAACGGUAUUGCAACCCACUUAUUUAAACAGCAGGUUAUGGACAGUGUCUUUAUGUUUUUCUCUGGCUUGAUGGUUCAAAGAGACUUCUGCGUUUAUGCUGAUUUUAUGUGCCUUUUUGAUAUUUAAAGCAGUUUUUUUCUUUUUAAAUAGGAUUUUGUCUCACCGUAGAUCUUGGCUGCAGUGCAUUUUCAUAAUGCUGUCAUCAGUCCCAACAUGAAAUAACAUCAGAUUUUAUUGUAUUGCUGGACUUAUUUACACUACUAUUCUGGCGAAGAAGCAAACUGAUAUUUGGGAUUAGACUAUAAGUGUAUUUCAAACAUGACAAGGUAAACUUCAGAUAAUAAAAUACAGCAGCAGAUGAGCCAAACAUUCAACAGUGUGUUAAGUCUGUGUGUUCUUCAGUGUUUGUCAGACCAUCUACGCUUAUUGUUUUAAAACAAUAUCUUGCCCACUUUCUAACCUUGUCCUCUAUUUAAGGCAAUUUUUUUAUUUCAUUAAAUUAUUUUUUUCUCUACAUCAAGUAUCUAAUUUUCCAGCUGAAAUAUCGCCUUGGCUGAUGCACCACUGGCAGCUCUUCCUGUCCAGGCUCUGGCGGCUACACUAGAAAGACUUUAGUUUUUAAUGACGCUACUCUUAUGUUUUCUUGGCAGAGUAACUGGUAACUUGACCACUCUGAAGAGGAUUUUUCUCAGGACUGCUGCUAUUUUCUUGUUCAGCCCCCUUUCUCAGCCCAACAUAGCGACACAAGCUCCUCACAGCAUGCCGCUGCCUUUACCACGUUUAAAUGUACACAUUUUUUAAUGAAAUGACACUCAGUGUCUGGUUUCCAUCACACGCGCUACAGGGGAUUGUGGCUAAAUAGUUCAGUCUUUUAUCAGAUCAGAGGAUUUUGCCUCUCAUAGCCAGAGUCAUUAAAGUACCUUUUGGCAAAUUCCCCGCAGGCUAUCAUGUGCAUUUUCGAGAGGAAUGGUUUCUGUCUGACCACUCCAUAAUAAAGGUAUGCCAGCUAGAGUGCUGCACUAAUGGUUUUUGCCAUCAGGAUGGCAAUCCAGGUUCUCCCAUUUCCAUAUAAACUCUGUAUCUCAUCUAGCGUGACUUUUGGCUUGUUAUCUAACCAAGGCCCUUUGUCUCUGAGUACUGAUUUUGGCAGAACAGCAGAAUUCGGAAUGUUUGUUCUUGGCUCCAGACUUCUUCCAAUUUAUAAUGAUAGAGGCUAUUUAGACUGAAUUUACAUGCUGCAUAGAUGUUCUUCUUUUCUUUCUUUUGUCCUACAUUUCUUAGAAAAGUCCCAUCAACCUCUGAGAUCCUGAGACCUCACAUAGAUAAAUGUGUGCUCUCUUAAUCAAAGGCCAUUGAUAAACACAAGUUUUGCGAAAUUAUAUAAAUAUUUCAGUCUGUUUUUGAUAAAGUAGAAAAAUCUGUUCCUAUGUGGUCAUUGUUGAGAGUUGUGUGUAGUUAGAAUAAAAAGGACGUUUUUUUAUUAUCUUAAUUUUAUUUAGAACUGGUUUAAAGGUUAACAUAUUCUUAAUUUUGCUUUUAAAAGGGCAUCUGCUGUAUAUACAUUCUCUCUUUUUUGCAGUUUUAUAAGAUGGAUUGGAAGUGACUAAUUUGCUUUUAUUUUGACUCAGAGUAAAAAUGUUACAUUAGUUUCUAAGGCUAAAGGCAUAAGAAAUCAAAACAUGACUGUUUUAGUGCACAAGUGAUUUAGCUAAAUGGAAAAAAAAAACUCCUCAAAGCAACCCAAUGCUUCCACUUUUUUUGUUGUUUUUUUUGCUGUGAUUGCAAAAUAGUUUUUCACAAAAUGGAAGUGAAACAAACCAGUGACUGAAAAAGGGAACUACAAAAUCCCUUGUAAAGUUCUCACAG